GACGCAAUGAGUUCAUUGACCGUCUCGAAAACAUGUCAUGAGUGGCUUUAGUGCGACUUUUGUGAUAUUUUCAGCGCCUCCGCUUAAAAUACUGGGCGCAUGUAGAUUUAAGUAGUAAGCAGCACAUGAUCGCCAUGGGUAGUGACCAACACUUUUGCCUGCGGUGGAACAACUUUCACAGCAACAUAGCCACGUCGUUUGAGCACCUCCGAGACCAUGAGGACUUCGUGGACGUGACGCUGGCAUGCGAGGGGCGCAGUCUGAAGGCACACAAGGUGGUCCUCUCGGCCUGCUCACCCUACUUCAGAAAUUUGCUCAAGCAAAAUCCUUGCCAGCACCCAAUAAUAAUCUUGCGAGAUGUGGCAUUUGUGGACAUGUCUGCACUUCUCAGUUUUGUGUAUCAAGGGGAGGUUUAUGUAUCUCAGGACAGACUCACAACUUUCUUACGCACAGCUGAGAUGCUUCACAUAAAGGGACUGACGGAACAGAAUCAACAGCAAUCUCAU